AUGGCUGCUCGCACAAAGAGUGGGUAUCGAGGUGUGGUCACGAUGUGACGGGAGGAAGGAGCAGAGGAUGAAUGCGCAGUAGCCUUGACGGCGUUGGACGGGCCACGCCCCACGCGCACGGCGAGCGCUGGGAAACGCAGAAGGGACCACCAGCGAACAUAGCGAAGUGAUAGGGCGGACAGACAGCGGGACAUUGCUAAGAUGGCUAAAGGCCUGCCCUGGAAUCGCUUCUCCAUGAAUGGUGGAACAUUUUAGGCUAACAUACGGAGCGCGAAUCCCUUUCCCUUUGCAGAGGUCGGAAUCACCGGCAAGUACGGUACUCGUUACGGUGCCUCGUGAGUGUCGAAAGGUGUGGCCUCGUGGCUGUUCAAACCCAGUGCCCUCAGAAAGGGGAGCCCGUGGCGCCAGAAAAUCUUGCACAAGCUCACCAACUCGCUCUGCUCUCUUUUCCGUCUUAUAGUCUCCGUAAGGGAAUCAAGAAGAUCGAAAUUUCUCAGCACUCUAGGUACACAUGCACCUUUUGCGGAAAGGACAGCGUGAAGCGCAAGUCUGUCGGUAUUUGGGAAUGCAAGAGCUGCAGAAAGACAAUUGCUGGUGGAGCUUGGACUUUGUCUACCACUGCUGCUGCAACUGUCCGCAGGUAAGUACUUGCACUGAUGGGGUUGAAGAUGGCGACAGGAUGCGCAUGGUCUGUCCAGGGGUGGUCUGGUCGGUCAGUCAUGUGAAGGGAGUAGGACACUCGCUGCCAAGGAAAUAUGAGAUCGAAAAAAUGGGGAUAGACCAAGUGCGAUCCCGGCACGCUUUAGGCAAAUGCUGUUCUAGCUGUAGAGCCGCUGCCGUCGCGAGAGCUCAGGCAAGGCUUGAGGGACCGCCCCGCUGAACCUGCUCGUCUUUUGCCCCCCUUCCAGCACCAUCCGUCGUCUGCGUGAGAUCACCGAGGCUUAG